AUGAUUUCUUCAAGCUGGAACUGCCGGGGAAUUGGGAACCCCCAGACAGUUCAAGUGUUUCACAACCUUGUGCAGCGACAUAAUCCCAGUACGGUCUUCUUAAUGGAGACGAAAGUAGGUGUUAAAAGAAUGGUGAAGGUAAAGGAAAGAAUUGGUCUGCCAAAUGGUCUAAUAAUCCCAAGUGAAGGUAGAAGUGGGGGAAUGGCUCUCCUAUGGGUCAGGGAUUUAGACGUUGAAAUCAGAAGCUUCUCAAGAUACCACAUUGAUGCUAUUGUGAUAAAUUCUAAGUCUGGAUUCAAAUGGAGGAUGACUGGCUUUUAUGGAAACCCGGAAACAAGUUUGAGAAAGGAAUCUUGGAGUCUACUCAGACAAAUCAGGGGGCCCGAUAGAGCCCAACAGCAAAUGGAAGGUUUUAGAGAGGUAAUAGAUACUUGUGGGUUCCAAGACAUGGGUUUUGAGGGUCCAGAAUUUACUUGGUGUAAUCAAAGGCUAAAUAAGGGAAGAAUUCAAUUAAGGCUAGAUAAAGUCCUUGCUUCAGUAGAGUGGGCAGAGAAUUACCAAAAUGCUAGAGUUUAUCAUAUUGUGGAACCAACCUCUGAUCACUGUGCUAUCCUAUUGACAGACCAACAACACCCAGCAAUUCAAAGGCAGAAAAGAUUCCACUUUGAAGAAGCAUGGACUAAAUAUGAGAAGUGUAAGGAAGUUAUCCAGGAAGCUUGGAUAAAUUAUUCGAGCACACAAUCAACGGUUGGGUUGGUUGAAGGUCUGACUGAGUGUGCAGCUGGACUAUCCAGAUAG